AUGCGACAUGAACAAGGGAAUGGUAAUGGUUACGAGAAGCUAGCACAACACUAUGGCUGGGCCCUCGGAAGAAUGUUUGAGUAUCUUGGCUUCAAGCAGGUCAUCAUCCUUGAGGAGGACAUGGAAAUCGCGCCUGAUUUUUUCAACUACUUCCUAGCAACUUCGACUCUCAUCAACGCAGACCCUAAACUCUACUGUGUGAGUGCCUGGAAUGACAACGGCUACGGCUCAUCAGUUGAUGACGCCGAAAUGGUAUACCGUAGUGAGUUCUUCCCGGGUCUCGGAUGGAUGCUGACUGCAGAUUUGUGGAAUGAAGUGAAAUCCCGAUGGCCUUCUGGCUACUGGGAUGAGUUUAUGCGGCGACCUGAUGUUCGUAAGGGUAGACACUGUCUUAGACCGGAGAUAAGCCGAUCGUACACGUUUGGUGAGGAAGGACAAUCGCAAGGGCAGUACUUCGCAGCACAUCUCUCACGAAUAAAACUCAACACUGAGCUCAUUGAUUUCAUAUCGAAUGCUCCUCGCCUGCUCCACCACGUCCGGAAUGAGGAACUCUUCGAUCAAUGGCUUAUUAAUCAAAUGACCACAUGCGUGCAAGUGACUCUGAUGAGCCUCGACGGUGAGCUGUCCUCGAGUGCGGGGAGAUGCUUCCGUAUUGAAUACAGAGAUAGCAUGUACGAAGGAGCCUUUGGAGCUGCUGCCAAGAUACUGACUGCUCGAGAGUCUAGCCCUAAAUUUACCAUCAUCUCUAUCGAUGAUAUCAAGAUGAUCGCCGACAGCGAGGAUAUAUAA